AUGUCGGAGCGUGCGCGGCACACGGGAGACGGGGUGGCGCGGCGAAAGGCGCACCAGGAGCGGCAGCGCGACGAGCGCGAGCAGCGGGAGGAGGCCGACAGGGCGGCGGGGACCGUCCUGCCGCCCGAAGAGGGCCGGCGUCGAGUUGGCAGCGGGUCGAUGCGAGAGGCGUCGGACUCGGAGUGGGAGCUCAUAGACGUCGGGGGCGAGACUGAGUACUGGGACACGCGAGUGGGGGGCGAUGAGAACUACCUGGGCGAGGGCGCCUUCCGGGUGGAGGCGGUGCGGGGCGAGCGGCGCGGCCAGUCCGGCGCUGUCGAGUACGAGAUCAAAUGGGAGGGCUACGCGUCGGACGAGAACACCUGGGAAGAGGCGGAGGACGUGUCUGCCGAUCUCGUCGCGGAGUGGCACCGGGAGCGAGCGGCAGCGGCAGCGCGAGGCGACAUGCAGGUGGAGGCCGGCGGAGCGGGGGAGGGUGGCGCGAGCUCCGGUGGCGUGGGCACAGCGGGUGAGAACACCACCGGAGCCGCGCGCCCAGGCUGCAGCAGGGUGCUGCGCAGCGCGUUGGCGGACGCAUUGGCGGAGGAGUGGGGAGAGGAGGAGGCCCUGUUGGGCGACGUCGAGGUGCCGCUCCUCUCGCCGCACGGGCCCGACCUUUCGAAGCAUCUGCGACACCUGCGCCGGCUGCUACGCGAGUUCCUUGCGGAGGAGGCGAAGGAGGGGACGGGCGUGCCGAUGCAGUGCACCCCGACGGGCCAGCAUCCGACCAUGCGCUGGACGAUCAAGUUCGGGCGAUGGCUGGCCACCACGCGGCUGCGUGUGUGUAUAUCAAGAACGCUUUUGUGUGCGCGUUGUGUGAGUGUGUAUGUGUGCCUUUAG